GCGCGUGGCCUCGGGAGCACAGCCCCCAGUCUUCGGGGACCAGCCGUAGGCGGGCGGACAGACGGAGGGACCGGGGGACGAGGGAGGCCCGGCGCUGGAAUGCAGUUUUCCCGGGCGAGGGAGACUUUGCACAGGAGUGGAGAAUAGCUCGGGGUGGGGUUUCGCACCGUCCCCUCCUCCCAGCCCCGGGCCCCCUCCCAGGCGCUUUCUGCGAGCGUUUAGAACUGCGCUCUGAAGUUUCAAGACAGUGAGGAGCUUGUGCGGCAGGCAGGGACAAUGGAAGAAAAUGAAAGCCAGAAAUGUGAGCCGUGCCUUCCUUACUCAGCAGACAGCAGACAGAUGCAGGAACAAGGAAAAAGUAAUCUGUAUGUAACGUCAUUAGAAGAUGCAGAAUGCCGGAGAACCAAGGAACGCCUUUCUAAUGGAAACAGUCGUGGUUCAGUUUCCAAGACUUCCCGCAAUAUCCCAAGGAGACACACUCUAGGUGGGCCCCGAAGUUCCAAAGAAAUCCUGGGAAUGCAAACAUCUGAGAUGGAUAGGAAGAGAGAAGCUUUCCUAGAACAUCUAAAGCAGAAGUACCCCCAUCAUGCCACCGCCAUCAUGGGCCACCAGGAGAGGCUGAGAGACCAGGCUUUGCAGGGCAUGCUGAUCUCUCUUCAGGCUGAACUUGACAUUCAAAGGUACUUGAUGAAAAUUGAGUCAUCUCAGCGAACGAGAAGCCCCAAACUGUCUCACAGUCCUCAACCUCCCAGUUUGGGCGACCCAAUCGAGCAUUUAUCAGAGACGUCCGGUGACUCUUUGGAAGCCAUGUCUGAGGGGGAAGCUCCAAGUCCUUUUUCCAGAGGCAGCCGGACUCGAGCGAGCCUUCCUGUGGUGAGGUCGACCAACCAGACGAAAGAAAGAUCUCUGGGGGUUCUGUAUCUCCAGUAUGGAGAUGAAACCAAGCAGCUCAGGAUGCCGAAUGAAAUCACAAGUGCAGACACAAUCCGUGCUCUCUUUGUAAGUGCCUUUCCUCAGCAGCUCACCAUGAAAAUGCUGGAGUCACCCAGUGUCGCCAUUUAUAUCAAAGAUGAAAGCAGAAAUGUCUAUUAUGAAUUAAAUGAUGUAAGGAACAUUCAGGACAGAUCACUCCUCAAAGUGUACAACAAGGAUCCUGCACAUGCAUUUAAUAAUACACCAAAAACUGUGAAUGGAGACAUGAGGAUGCAGAGAGAAAUUGUUUAUGCAAGAGGAGAUGGCCCUGGGGCCUCUCGACCUGGAUCCACAGCUCAUCCGCCCCAUGCCAUUCCCAAUUCUCCACCCUCCACUCCCGUGCCCCAUUCCAUGCCUCCCUCCCCAUCCAGAAUUCCUUAUGGGGGCACCCGCCCCAUGGUGGUUCCUGGCAAUGCCACCAUUCCCAGGGACAGACUUUCCAGCCUGCCGGUCUCCAGAUCCAUCUCACCGAGCCCAAGCGCCAUUUUAGAAAGGAGAGAUGUCAAGCCAGAUGAAGACAUGAGUGGCAAAAACAUGGCGAUGUACAGAAAUGAGGGUUUCUAUGCCGAUCCUUACCUUUAUCACGAGGGACGGAUGAGCAUAGCCUCGUCCCACGGUGGGCACCCGCUAGAUGUCCCUGACCACAUCAUUGCAUAUCACCGCACAGCGAUUCGGUCGGCCAGUGCUUAUUGUAACCCCUCUUUGCAAGCAGAAAUGCACAUGGAGCAGUCACUGUACAGACAGAAAUCAAGAAAAUAUCCAGAUAGCCAUUUGCCUACUCUGGGCUCCAAAACGCCCCCUGCCUCUCCUCACCGAGUCGGUGACCUGAGAAUGAUAGACAUGCACCCGCAUUACAAUGCCCACGGGCCCCCUCACACUCUGCAGCCAGACCGGGCCUCGCCCAGCCGUCAGUCCUUCAAAAAGGAGCCGGGCACCUUGGUGUAUAUCGAAAAGCCACGGACCACUCCAGGAUUAUCCAGCAUUGUGGACCUCGGCCCGCCACUAGUUGAGAAGCAAGUUUUUGCUUACAGCACUGCGACAAUACCCAAAGAUAGAGAGACCAGCGAGAAAAUGAUGAAAACCACAGCCAGUAGGAACCACACAGAUAGUGCAGGAACCCCCCAUGUUUCUGGCGGGAAGACCCUGGGUGCCCUGGAGUCCGCGGUGCCAUCCAGCCAGCCUCUGCCCGCCGGUACCUCGGCCAUCCACAUGAGCCUGCUAGACAUGAGGCGGAGUGUGGCCGAGCUCAGGCUCCAGCUCCAGCAGAUGCGACAGCUCCAGCUGCAGAACCAGGAGUUACUGAGGGCGAUGAUGAAGAAGGCUGAGCUGGAAAUCAGUGGCAAAGUGAUGGAAACGUUGAAGAGGUUGGAGGAUCCUGUGCAGCGACAGCGCACCCUGGUGGAGCAGGAGAGGCAGAAAUACCUUCAUGAAGAAGAGAAGAUCGUCAAGAAGUUGUGUGAGUUGGAAGAUUUUGUCGAAGACUUGAAGAAAGACUCAACCUCAGCAGGCCGAAUGGUUACUCUGAAAGAUGUGGAAGAUGGGGCUUUCCUCCUGCGACAAGUGGGAGAAGCUGUAGCUACCCUGAAAGGGGAGUUUCCAACCUUACAAAACAAGAUGCGAGCCAUCCUGCGCAUAGAGGUGGAGGCCGUGCGGUUUCUGAAGGAGGAGCCGCACAAGCUGGACAGCCUGCUGAAGCGCGUGCGGAGCAUGACCGACGUCCUGACCAUGUUGCGGAGACACGUCACCGACGGGCUCCUGAAAGGCACAGACGCAGCCCAGGCCGCACAGUACGUCGCGAUGGAAAAGGCCACGGCCGCGGAGGUCCUGAAGAACCAGGAAGAAGUUGCCGCCGCGUCCGGCCAGCCCUUCCAGGGCGCCGGGGUCCCCGGUGACGUGAGACCGGAAGUGACGCCGGGGGCCGCCAUGAUGGUGCAGCGCGCUCAGAGCUCCCCGCUGCCCGCACCGCGCUCGCCUGCCCUGCCCAACCCCGCCCAGCACGCGCCUGCUGGGUCGGGGCUUCACGUGGCCGCCACCAUCACAAAGGAAGCGCCGUCCACACUGCCGUCGGCACAGCCUCCUCCGUCCCCACAGACGCCCCUGAACGGUUCCGCCAUGCAGAGCUUGUUCAUUGAGGAGAUCCACAGUGUGAGUGCCAGGAACAGGGCAGUGUCCAUUGAGAAAGCAGAAAGGAAAUGGGAAGAGAAAAGGCAAAAUCUGGAACACUAUAAUGGGAAAGAGUUUGAGAAGCUUCUAGAAGAAGCACAGGCCACUAUCAUGAAGUCAAUUCCAAACCUGGAGAUGCCGCCAGCCUCAGGCCCACUGCCAAAGGGAGAUGCGCCAGGGGACAAGCUAGAACUUUCAGAAGACUCUCCAAAUCCAGAACAAGACUUGGACAAGCUGGGGGAAAAGUCGCCCCCUCCCCCUCCCCCACCCCCUCGGCGAAGCUACCUGCCAGGAUCGGGGCUCACCACCACGAGGUCAGGCGAUGUGGUCUACACCAGCAGAAAGGAGACCACCACCACUAAGGCAAGCAGUGAAGGUGCUGGAUCAAGCCCACAGACUAGAGCCACAAAAUGUCCCCCAGAAGAGUGUGCCUCAGCCUGGACCCCAUCCCCACCGCCAGUCACUGCCUCCUCCAAGAAUGAGGAGGAGGAGGAAGAAGAAGGAGACAAGAUCAUGGCAGAACUCCAGGCAUUCCAGAAGUGUUCCUUUAUGGAUGUAAAUUCAAACAGUCAUGCUGAGCAGUCCCGGGCUGACAGUCACGUUAAAGACAGUAGGCUGGGCUCCACAGUCCUGGCCAAGGAGAAGAAGGGCAUUUUUGGAAGCUGGAGAACAAAGCAAUCCAAGAAUUUGGAAUUUUUCCGUGAAGAUGUAUGGAAAUCUGAUGUUGAAUAUGAAAAUGGCCUCCAAAUGGAAUCCCGAAAGGUUACCACAGGGGCUCUAAGGCCUAGUGACUCUCCAAAGUGGGAAAGAGGAAUGGAGAAUAGUAUUCCUGAGGCAACAAGAACAUCAGAAUAUAAAACUGACAUCCUAAUGAAGGAAAAUUCCUUAUCCAAUAAGAGUUUCUUCAGAGACAGUAACUGUUCCCAGAAGAAUGAGCUUAAGGUCAAUUUUGGUUUCUCUGGCAUUAGUUCAUUGGAAGAUGAAAUGAACAAAGGGCCUAAGUUCUCAGGACUGCAGUCCCCCACACCUGACACCGAGCACCAGAAACUGAAUUAUGGAAAGACAAAGGAGUUAGAUCAACAGGGACAUGAAAAUACAGACAAGCAUCAUGUCCCUUCCCCAACUCGAGCAACAGAGUUGAGUGUUCAAGAUGUCAAAACACAAGAUCAAGAGGCUCCCACGACAGAUUUUGGCCAAGUUGUUCUAAGACCCAAGGGGCCUAGGCAUGGUAAUGUGCACCCUAAUGAGGAUGGAGAAUCAACUCCAGGUUCUCCCACGGAAGAAAACGCAGCCACUGACAACAUCGCCUUCAUGAUUACCAAAACCGCCGUCCAGGUCCUCUCCAGUGGGGAAGUCCACGAUAUAGUGAACCAAAAGGGAAAAGAUGUACAGACAGUGAAUAUCAAUGCCAAAAAGAGCGAAAAUGAAGAACCAGUCGUGUGCCUAGACAAGAAACCAGUUAUCAUCAUUUUUGAUGAACCCAUGGACAUCCGGUCUGCAUAUAAGAGACUCUCGACCAUAUUUGAGGAAUGUGAUGAGGAAUUAGAGAGAAUGAUGACAGAGGAAAAGAUAGAGGAGGAGGAAGAGGAGGAAAAUGGAGACCCUGCAGUCCAGAAUAACACUUCCCAAAUGUUCCAUAAGAAGGUUGCCACGGGCAGUCUUAGAACAGGACAGCAGGCUGGAACGAAGCCACACUCCCCAUCAGCAGAGACCAAAAUCCCAGGACAGGGAAUGAAUCAAACUGAGCUGAGCAAGUCCAGCCAAGCAGAUUCUCCGAAUUCAGAAGACAAGUGUGACAUGACCGAUGACCAAUCUGAAAGCCCUAAGAAAAAGUUUAAAUUCAAAUUCCCUAAAAAGCAGCUCGCUGCUCUCACACAAGCCAUUCGCACAGGCACCAAAACGGGGAAGAAGACUUUGCAGGUGGUGGUCUACGAAGAGGAGGAAGAGGACGGCACUCUGAAGCAGCACAAAGAGGCCAAGCGAUUUGAAAUUACUAGGUCUCAACCUGAAGACACCCCUAAAAGUAUGGCUAGGAGACAAGAGCAGCCCAGUCUAGGGAGCACAUCUCAGAUUUCAAGAACUGAUGAAAUUAGAAAAAAUACCUACAGAACAUUGGACAGCCUGGAGCAGACCAUUAAACAGCUUGAAAAUACGAUCAGUGAAAUGAGUCCCAAAGCCCUAGUUGACACCUCAUGUUCCUCCAGCAGAGAAUCUGUUGCAAGCGCACCCCACAAUGCCCGAGAGGCCUCUCCCCGAACCUUGCUGGUUCUGGAUGAAGCUCCCACUGCCCCAGAGCCCCCCACGUCAAUACCUUCAGCUUCACGUAAGGGCUCCAGUGGGACCCCGCAGACAAGCAGGAUGCCAGUCCCCAUGAGCUCCAAGAAUAGACCCGGAAGUCUGGACAAACCUGGCAAGCCGUCCAAACUGCAGGAUCCCCGCCAAUAUCGUCAGGCUAAUGGAAGUGCUAAGAAAGCUGGUGGGGACUAUAAGCCUACUUCCCCCUCCUUACCUGCUUCUAAGAUUCCAGCUCUUUCUCCCAGCUCUGGGAAAAGCAGUUCUCUGCCCUCCUCUAGUGGUGACAGCUCUAACCUCCCUAAUAAUCCACCUGCUACUAAACCAUCGAUUACUUCUAACCCUCUCAGCCCCCAAACAGGACGAUCUGCUCACUCUGCCUCCCUCAUCCCCUCUGUCUCUAAUGGCUCCUUAAAGUUUCAGAGCCCCACUCACGCAGGUAAAGGCCACCAUCUCUCAUUCUCGCUGCAGACUCAAAACGGCCGAGCAGCCCCGCCUUCCUCUUCCCCUCCCUCCCCCGCCUCCCCCACGCCCCUGAGUCAAGGUGCCAAGGGCAUCAGGACCAUCCACACUCCCAGCCCCACCAGCUACAAGGCGCAGAAUGGAAGUUCAAGCAAAGCCACCCCAUCCACAGCAAAGGAAACCUCUUAAAGGCCAAAUCCUAUUAGGCACAAAUGGGAGUUACAUUAAAAAAAAAUUUUUAACAGUCUGCCACAACUGUUUUCACAAGAGAAUGUAACGUAUUGCUGUACUGUUUUGAGGUUUAAUGCUAAGAAUGUGCUAAAUACUGGAUUAAUAGAUUUCAGUAAAGCUUGUUUUGUUUUUUUA